AUUGGUUACGAGUCCUUGUUGUAGAAUCUGGCGGAGAGCGAUGGUGGAAUGAGGAGAGGUGCGGCCAUGGAUCUCCUGCUUGAGUACCCCAACACUAUCAACACUCUCGAUGAGUAUAUAUAGGUAGAAGACGAGAUUCAGUCCUAUUUGCAUUGUUUUUGGAAGAGCAUAUAGGCAAAUUAUGUUUAUAUAAGGGCAUAUUCGGCAUUAGAAGUUAUAUGAGGUGAAGUCAUUUUUGAGUGGCUGAAAUCUUUCUAUAUCCCUUUCUUGCACUAGAUAUCAAAGCCAACAAACUACAUGACCAAAGCUCCUUCAAGAUAAGACACAGUAGUACUCUUCAAGGUCUUCCUCCAUGGAUACCUUGCCGACCUCUGUCUCCACUCUCAAAGUCUCUGGUCUUAACUCCACAACCCCUCGUGAAUUCCAUCUCUUCAAACCUCCUCACAUCUCUAACCUUGCUACUUCACAAUCCCAUCUCUUAACCAGAAAACCCAAUUCAAUUUCUAACAAGCCCACCUCUUCCUUGAGCUUCAAUAAGGACCAAUCUUCUCCAUUCCUCUCUUCCUCUCAAUCCUCAUCACCCAAAUUCCCAUCACAAGUAGUUCAUCGAAACGCCGCGAGUGGCUAUGCAGCUGCUCUUUUAGAUGUAGCCCGCUGCAACAACACUCUCGAAGCCCUUGAAAGAGAUGUCCAAAGGUUCUCAAGGUUGCUUCGAGAUGACGAUCUCCGAUCAGCCUUGACCAAUCCAUUCAUGGAUGAUAAGAUGAAAGGUGAAUUAAUGGUGAAACAAGUAACUGAAAAGGGGAGGUUUCAGAAGCAUUUGGUGAUGUGGAUUAAGAUGAUGGUUGAUAAGAAUAAGGUGGGGAUGGUAGGUGAGGUGUUGGAGGAAUUUGAGAGGAUUUAUGAUGAACUCAGUGGGACUCAUGUGGCUUUGGUUUCUUCUACAAGGAAGAUGGAGGAGGAUCAGUUGGUUGGGAUUGCUAAAAGGGUGCAAAAACUGAGUGGAUCAAUGAAAGUGAAGGUGAGACAUUUGAUUGCUCAGAGCUUACCCUAGCUCCAUCCAUUGCUGUGUAACAGGUUUUCUUCACUAGCGGUCCCAGGAAUAUAUUGCACUUCCAAGUCUGUGUAUGUAAGCCUUCUGUACUUCCCCCGAAUCCACUUGGCAUCUUUUCUUUAUGUGUGAAUUUUCAAAGAGAGUGUGGGCUGCGUGUCCUCUGGGUUUUAGACCAAAAUCUCUAUCUUGUUCAUCUAUUCAAUCUCUUGUAUUAUAUUUAUUCUCCUCAAACAAUAUUUUAUAUAGAAGACAAGUGCUUGCUCA